CGCAAACACGUUUGGUUGGCCAAGAAUAAGAUUUGCAACGCAUUGGUGGAACUUGUGAUCACACAAAGCAAUGUUAGAAUCAUACCCCAGUAUAGAUGAGAAACGGAGUCGGGAAACGAAACAGUGAAACUGAGUGGGUCCAUAUUCCUUGCCGUUUUCAAUUAUAGAGCACCUAAAACCUAGCUGAGUCAGCACUUGGACCCGAAAAACGAAUGAACUACCAAAUCCACUUUCAAGUUCUCGGGCCCCCGCAACAACGGCAGCUUCUUGUCUUCGUUGUUGUUCAAAGGGGGCGGUUUCUUGUCCUCAAAAGUUACCGUUUUGGCCCCUCCUGAGCAGACACGGAACUUUGUGGGCAAAGUCAUGGCAAGUUCCUCUGCGCAAAAUGACGAAUACUGGCCCAUCCACAUUGCGCGGAGCGAUGGCCAAGGGUACGCCCAGCUCGACCACGUAGCGCUGAGGGAUGACGAAGAGCAAGAUGUGGCGCAGCGAGAGCGAUGGGAGGUCAUUGUCGCCGGCCAUCUCCAGAACCAGAUUGGGCCCAAGGAUGACAAGCGCCAGUACAAACUCGCCGACUUCCCCAAGGGCUACGAGCUGCGAUGCGCCGUGAGGACCCAGGCCGGCACCCGGGACUACUACCUGUACGGCCACCCGGCCGGCCCCAAGGCCCACUACCGCACCCCCGGUGAGUUUGCCCUGCACGCCUUGUGGCUGAUCAGCGACUCGACCGACAACAGCCAGUGUCCCUGCGACCUGUGUUCAAAGUAUCUCGAGAAGGCCAAGCAGGAGCUGGCGAAGACCCAGGCAGCCCCAACACAGACACAAUUUCCCGCUCCCACGCCCACUCAGCAGCCGCAGUACCAGCAGCCGCAGCACCAGGCUCCGCCAGGGACUACUGGAUGGACAAAUGUCUUCCGCGUAGGCGAAUUGAUCUGGUACAAGCACGCAGCCUGGAGGCUAGGCGUGGUCCUCGCCAUCACCCCAAAGCCAGGCACACCCCUAUCUCCGGGUGCGUCCGAUUCCAGCUAUCACUUCACGCUGGCGCCGCUCGGCCACGCCCUGCUGCAGCAAGCCAGCAUCGUCAAGGAUUGCCAGUUUAUGCGGCCCUUCCUCACCUUUAGCGUUCCCAAUACGGCCAUGGACGAGCUCAAAGACAAGACCUUCGAGACAGUCGACUGGCCGGCCCUCGCCGCCCGCUACACCCAAGAGCCGGACCCCUCGAAGCGCGAGGUCAACCGCCAGAUCCUCGGCCUCGAAGCGUCUAAGAUGGGCGCCCGCACCAUCAACGACGCCUUCUCUACCUUCGACCUGCUCCGCCAGGGCGCCACGCCGGACGGCGCCUUGUACGUCCAGCACUACCGCGGCAUCUAUCUCGGUACCGAGAUGGUGUUCGUCGGCGACCCUGUCCGCGUCGCAAGUGACACCCAGCCCACGCAGCAGCUCGAUCACCACCAAUCCCCGUCCGACGCCAACCUCAACCUGGUCAUGCUCAUCACCGAAAUCCAGGUCCUCACCCCAUCCUCCCCGCCGGGCGCCCGGCCCACUCUCCAGUUCAAAGGCAACCUCUACCGCACGAUCCGCGUCCCCGCCAACAACACCACCCCAAAUAACCUCCCGCAGGGCCUCGUCCCGGUACCCGCCGAGUCCCUCGGCCCGGCCUUCGUUGAGGAGCUCGCCACGCGCAACGCCAUCGAGCGGGACAACAGUAUGUGCUGGACCUGGGCGCUCGUCGCCGCAGCAGACCAACAGCAAGGGGUGUUGCGCCCCGAGCACGACGUCCUGGGCCGCUUCUACGUAACUGAGAAGCUCAUGAGCGUCAUCGACCCGCCUCGCCUCCAGGCCUGGGUGCAGAGGGGCCUGCUGGAGGAGGCGCCCGCGUAUCUAAACAAUCGGGGGCAUAGCGGUGGGGGCAUCUAUGUCGGCCGCAGGGCGGGGAGGAAGGCUACGCUGGGCGAGGCGGUGGGCGUUGAGUUCAGCGCGCCUGUGGGCAUUGUUGAGAAUUAGAACGGGGUGUUGUUCUUAUUGUUUGUUUGGGCUAGGUUAUUUGAGGCGUUUGAAAUGGGGACCGGGUGGUCUGCCAUUUGCUGAGGGGGUCUUGAUGGCUGCAUAAAGCAGCCUUUGUCAUAGGCUGUCGCUGAGGUGGCAGACUCUGGUGGCCGCUGAGGGCAAGUCCGUCUCUGCUGAGCCUAUCCUGCCGUGCAGCAGUCUGGCCCUGCCAUUAUCAAUGUAUUGUACGAAUUUGUCAAAGCCGGAGGAGUGACGUUCUCUCCACUUGGGCAACAGCACCGGCACUGUCUGCUUUGGCCCUUCUGAAACUGCCGUUCAGGAGCCGUUGACUGUAAUAGAACCAAGUCUUUGGUCACAAACAGAAGGC